CGAAUGGGUCGAUGCUUUGAUGAAGAUUUUCGGUGAGAAAUAACAAGGACGCGUGAAGGUAGAAGAUGUCCGUGAAAUCGAAAAUCGACAGAUUGUGCGCGAGAAAUCGAUGUCACGUUUGUGGGGAUGCUUCCAAAACGAGUAAGUAUCCGAGCAACCAGGGCUCAAAUCAUAUUCGUCACGAACCCCGUGAGGCUGGGACUGAUGAACGCGCCCAAUUCAUCCCGGUCACAACGCUCGAAGAUGCGCAAGUUGUACGGGCGAUCGAUUUCCACCCCUCUGGGAAGUACUACGCUGUGGGCAGCAACUCGAAAACGCUGCGGAUCUGCGCCUACCCGCAUGUGGACGAUCUCCGAGAGAGUCAUCUCACGACACAGCCAUCGAUUCCCCACAAGAAACUCAAACACCACAAGGGUUCGAUCUAUUGUCUCGCAUGGAAUCAAACGGGAGAGCUCAUGGCUACCGGAUCGAACGACAAAACCGUGAAACUGACUCGUUUCAAUGAAGACGAUUGCACCAUGGACCAUGCUGGCGAAGCUGAACUCACAAUGCACGAUGGGACCGUCCGUGACUUGUGCUUUGUCGAAGAUCUGACGAACCGCAGCUCGCUCCUCAUUUCCGGGGGAGCUGGAGAUAACAAAAUCUACAUAACCGACUGUGAAACCGCCACGCCAUUCCAAUCUCUGAGCGGUCAUUCAGGUCACAUUCUCUCCUUGUUCACUUGGGGCGGAGCCAUGUUUGUCUCCGGCUCACAGGAUCGAACAAUCCGUUUCUGGGACCUGCGGACUCGAGGAUGUACCAACCUUGUGACUGCUCCACCAGCUCACGGCUCAGGGCCAGGAAGUCCCGUGGCCAGUGUUUCAGUCGAUCCCUCAGGUCGAAUGUUGGUUUCUGGUCACGAAGAUGCGACGUGCAUGCUGUUCGACAUCCGCGGAGGCCGAGUGAUCCAAUGCUUCCGACCUCACACUUCCGACAUUCGCUCCGUGAGGUUCUCCCCAAAAGCCUACUAUCUGCUGACUGCGUCGUACGACGGAAAAUGCGUUCUGAGCGAUCUCCAGGGUGACCUUACGCAGCCGCUACCCUCGAUUGUAGUGGCCGAGCAUACGGACAAAGUGAUCCAGGCAAGGUGGCAUCCAACCGACUUCACGUUCAUCACCAGUUCAGCCGAUAAAACUGCCUCGCUUUGGGGACUGCCGGUCGAUUGAAUCCGAGUCAAGAACCCUCUUAGCGGGAGCGAUGGCUCCCUGCUAGGGAUUGAAUCCUGAGAGAGCUUCAUCAUAAGUAGCGUCGGAGAAGACAAGCGUCACCCGCGACGGCUCGACUUGGAGCGGGAGAGGUUUUGCACCACGUCUUUCAGACGUAGCUCAGUGCCAUGAAGCCACAUGCUCCACAAUAUUAACACAAGUCCUCUCCCCUUCCACGCCUCCCCCGCUAUGCA